AUUUUUAUUUACACCGGCCUGAUAAGAUCGUUCUCUUUUAAGCGUCUCUGUUCAAAAAUUAAACAAAACCAAAAAAAAAUCCAAUACUUGAAUUGAAUUUAAAAAUAAACCAAACAAAAAAAAACGAAAUAAUCAUCCAAAAUAAUGAUGAUUCGGCAAUUGUUUUCAAUAAUUGGCUAUGGAAGGAAAUUAAAGACUUUAUCACCGAAAAAUGUGGUCUUUAUAACCGGCUGUGAUUCUGGUUUAGGCUUCACUUUGGCUCUUUUUUGUCAUUCACUUAACAUGACAGUGGUUUCUGGCUGCCAUAGUUGCCAAUCCGAGGGCGCUAAGCUGUUGCAGAAUGUCUCCGAUCCCAAACGCAUGAUAACAGUGGAAUUGGAUCUCUUGAAACAGGAUACAAUAAUUAAGGCACAUUCUGUUAUUCGACAAAUUGUUGAAAAUGAAAAAGAUUACAUUUUCACAGCACUGGUCAAUAAUGCUGGGGUAAUGUGUUUUGGUGAAUUCGAAUGGCAAACAAGAAAUCUAUUUGAAUCUCAAAUUAAUGUUAAUGUUUUGGGAACUAUGCGAGUGACCAAGGAAUUGUUACCACUUAUACGACAACAUCGGGGAAGAAUCAUUAACGUCACAAGCCAUUGUGGUCUUCAGAGCCUUCCAGGUUUAGCACCAUAUGCUGCAUCAAAAGCAGCUCUUCGAUUUUGGAAUGAUUCGCUAAGAAUAGAAUUGAAAAAAUACGGAGUCGAUGUGGUGAACUUUAUACCCGGAUCAUUUGUAAUGGCCAGUAAUAUUUCUGCACGACAGCAAAACCACGCAUUGGAAAUGAAAAAAGAACUCAACUCUGAACAAUUGGAAUUCUAUGGCGAAUAUUUUAAUGAAUAUAAUGAAUAUCUAAAAAUAAUAUCAGGUUUCAAGUCACCAAAUGCCAUGAAUGACAAACAAUUGCUUGAUAAAUUUCAAGAUGCUUUGGCAAAUACAUAUCCACGAUCGAUUUAUAUUCAUGAACCUAUGAGAUACAAAAUAUAUAGAUUUUUAUUCAGCAUCUGUCCAACACCAAUUGUUGACUGGCUUACAAUAAAAUUCUGUUCAAUGCCAUCAUACAAAGAAAACAAAAAAAUCCUCUAAAUAAAAAGAAAAUUAUUUUGUGAUUUUAAAAUUUUUAAUUUGUUUAUAAUAUAUUUUUUUUUUUAAUGUAAUUUAUCUUGAUGAUAUUCCACUAGAUAUUUAUAUAAAAACAAUAUAAUAUAAUAAUUAACCUUAAUUUUAAGAAAAUACAAUAAACAGAAGAGAAAUAAAUGUGUUAGACAUGGAUCUAUAGAAUAUAAUAUAAAACA